CGCGCACGUCCAAUGUGCGUCGUGACGUAAUAUCCUCCCCAACCAUAUCUAUGCUGUCCAACCGUCUCACGCACUUGUGUUGCAGCUCAUCUAUCGUUAAACCAGAGUUCAUCCCACUGAGCAGCCAUGGCCAACCAGUCAGUGGAUAUCAUUACGAAGGUUUUGGAGCAGUCCGCCAAGCUGGUGGAGGAGCAGGUGGAUGCGCAGAUAAGCAAACUCAGUGAAAUGGACGUGGAUGAUUUGGAGAGGCUGAAGGAGAAACGAUUAGAGGCACUUAAAAAGGCCCAGAAGCAGAAGCAGGAGUGGCUGUCAAAGGGCCACGGGGAGUAUAGAGAAAUCCCCAGUGAGAAAGACUUUUUUGCUGAAGUGAAGGACACCAAAAAUGUUGUCUGCCACUUCUACAGAUCCUCGACCUUCAGGUGUAAGAUCCUCGACAAACACCUGGCUAUCUUGGCAAAGAAGCACGUCGAGACUAAAUUCAUCAAGCUGAAUGUAGAGAAGGCCCCGUUCCUGACAGAGAGGCUGCACAUCAAAGUUAUUCCUACACUGGCUUUGCUUUUAGACGGAAAGACAAAGGACUAUGUGGUUGGAUUCACUGAUCUGGGCAACACCGAUGAGUUUCCCACAGAGAUGCUUGAGUGGAGACUCGGCUGCGCAGAUGUUAUCAACUACAGUGGGAACUUGAUGGAGCCCCCAACAGUGUCUCAGAGAUCAGGCUCAAAGUUCACUAAAGUGGAGAAGAAAACCAUCAGAGGCAAAGGUUACGACUCAGAUUCAGAUUCUGAAGAAGACUGAAGAUGGUCUGACAGUUGCUUGGUUUUCUCUCUCAGGGCUACCUCCAUAAAAGAUCUUAGCAGACAGCCCACAUUGAUUUUCCCUCCCCUCUUCUCUCAGUGACUUACCAUUCACUGUGUUCAUUUCCAUAGUUUAAUUUACCCGAUCUAUGGAAUUAUUUGAUAAAAAGCAAUUAACAUGCGUGUUACUGCCUUAUUUAAUUAAUUGUCUUCCGUGUUUCAUGUUUGAGUGACAGCACUGCAUCACAGUGUGCAUAGCUCUACUCUUUCUUGAGUUUGUCUCUUUUUUUUUUAUUAUUGAAACCUUAAAGCAUUGUCAUUAAGUACAGACUCAUUUAGAUAGAAACUAUCAUUUCAUACAUUUGUUACUUGUGAGUCUCAUCUUAAACCAGUCAGUCAUCUAUGCGGGUGCCAAGAUCAUCUUUUUGCAUCACAAUGCAUUUGUACCUGACAUCUUGUUGUAGCGAGAGUUUGACUUCAUAAAAGAAAU